AUGGAGCUGCCGAUUAAUACAUCGGUUAGUUAUCUCAACGGGACAUUGUACACGUACCCCGAGCUGAUCUUCUUUUCCGUUGGGUUCUCUAUCUUGAUAGUCCUGUCAAUCAUUGGUAACAGUCUGGUGUUGGUUGCCGUGGCCCGUACCAAGAAACUCCAGAACGUCACCAACGUGUUCGUGGUCAACCUGAGCGUGACUGAUUGUCUGUCCAGUUUUGUUUUUCCCUGGAGUGUGCUGGGCAUGGCGAGUACCACACCGGGCUACCCGUUGGAGUCCGAUGUUCCGUGCGUUGCAGCGGGCGGUCUUCUGUUAAUUGCUGUAGGAUGCAGUGUGAACACCCUUGCAAACAUCGCCCUGAACAGAUGCAUCCUGAUCACCAGGCCUAAGGAGACCUACCAGUGGCUGUACACACCCAAGAAGAAUGCCCUAAGGGUCUUGGUGUCCUGGUUCGUUCCCUUCUGUGCCACCGUGGUGCCGCCGCUUUGCGGAGUCGGAGAUCUCGGUUUCGAUCCAGAAAGUCGCACCUGCAAUGACGUGGACACCCACCCGAGAGCAGCUGCCUACGACAAGGUUCAGUUUGCGUUCAUUUAUCCUGUCCCACUCCUUGUGAUCAUCGUGUCCUACAUCCUGAUCUGGCGACACGUGAAACGACACUUUAGGACUCGCCGUAAUAACUCAAUCAGUUUGCAGUCAAUAACCAACCCCUUGACUUCAAAGCCAGACGCCUCUGAUACCACCGUCAGUAGCUCCCAGAAACCUCGCGAGGAGUCUCCAAGACAUUGCGGGAGUUCACGUCAUCUUAGCCGCAUGAGGAACGAUCAGCUGGCAAUCACCAAGAAUCUCUUCGUGGUAGUCUUAGCCUUCUUGGUUUGUUUUUCUCCCCUUUGCUUCAUGGUGGUUACAAACAGCAAUCAUCGUUAUCACCUGUACGGCGGGUUGUUCCUAUUCGCGAGCGGCUGCGUCAAUCCCGUCAUUUAUGCCGCCAAGCAUCCGCAUUUCAGGCCAGUCUUGCGAUCCAUGAUCAGAUGCAGAUAUUCCAGAGAGUGAGUGGGAUAAAAUAACUUCAUAAUUAUCUAUCGUGAUGAUGUUGUUAAUAAACUCUGUGUGAUCAAUCAUAGAUCAUUUGUUUCAUAGUGCUUGUAAUAUUGGCAGUGAUAGGACUCGAGUCCAGGACUCGGACUCGAGUCACAUUUUUCGAGACUCGGACUCGGACUCGAGGCUUGUGACUCGAGACUCGAGGUUUGUGACUCGGGACUCGGACUCGCACUCGACGUUGGUGACUCGACUACAACACUGAAUAUUGGCUUAUAUAUUCGCCCAAUGAUGUAAUUUUUUAUUAUUUUGUACUUGGAACGUUUUAUCCAGAUUCAAUGUGGCACAUUGCUUUGGAGCCCGUACUUAAAGACGUUAAUUAAGCAUACGCAAACCAAAAUACAAGUUUCACAAAUACAUAAAAAUACAAAUUAUAGUCAAAGGUUUAAACAUUGAUUAAAGACUUAGCACUGUUUAAAUCACCAACA